AUGGGCUGUGGCGCUGAUGCCGACCAGGCUCCGGCCGUCCCGGCCCCCAGCGCACCCACUGCCACUGCUGGGCCCUCAGAGACGGUGCAAUGGGUGAUCCGUCCUGGGCCCCCGGUGGAGAGCGCCUACGUGCUUGGGGACGUGCUAGGGAAGGGCAGCUUCGGAGUGGUCCGCGCCGCAACUCACAUUGCCAGCGGGGCCAAGGUCGCCGUGAAAACCAUUCGGAAGUCGUUGCUGGCCGCCGACGACGUGAGUGCGCUGCGCCGCGAAGUGGAGAUCUUGCAUCACCUGUCUGGUCACCCGCACAUCUCCCAGCUGCUUGGCGUGUAUGAGGAGCCUAGCCAGCUGCAUCUGGUGCUGGAGCUUUACCAGGGAGGGGACCUCUUUGACGCCAUCAUCUCAGUCGGUCGCCACAGCGAGCGGGCCGCGGCGGACGUGUUGCGUACCGUGCUCACAGCCAUCUCCUACUGCCACGCCAUGGGGGUGGCACACCGGGACAUCAAGCCGGAGAACUUCAUGUUGACCGCUCCGUUGCAUCCUCUGUUGAAGCUCAUCGACUUUGGGCUGUCAGUGUUCUGCACCGACUCUCAGCCUCUGACCGACACCGUGGGUACCUCGUACUACGUGGCGCCGGAGGUGCUGGCUCGGAGCUACAGCCGGUCGGCGGAUGUGUGGUCCGCGGGGGUCAUACUGCACAUCCUGCUGACCGGCUAUGCGCCCUUCGACGGGCGAAAUGAUCAGGAAAUCCUGCGGUCGGUGCAGGCGGGCAAACUGGAUCUGACCACGGACCCCAUUUGGCAGUCCAUCAGCCGCGAGGCCACUGCGGUGCUGACCGCCAUGUUGAACAGAGACCCCGCACAGCGAGCCACGGCAGAUCAGCUGCUUGCCACGCCCUGGCUGGGCCGUACUGCUUCUUCCUGUACGGCAUCUGCAUCACCGCUGCCGGGCGUAGUUUCGGAGCGCAUGCGGCGCUUUGCCCGCAUGAACUCGUUCAAGAAGGAAGCCCGCCGCGUCGUAGCCAGCCUUAUGCGGCCGGAGGAGGUGGCGGGGCUGGUGGCGCAGUUUAAGGCGCUGGACGCAGACGGGGACGGAAAACUCAAUGUGCAGGAGCUGCGGGUGAGUGAGGGCUUGGAGUUGGAGGGGGCUUGGAAGUGGCGGCAGGCGCAGCAGGCGCUGGCCGCUGCUGCCCUGGCGCGACCCGGCAGCCGGGUAGGCACCGGUACGGCAGCCGCUGCCAACACCCCCCUGGCGGCGGCGUUCGCACACUUUGACGCGGAUGGUUCGGGCUUCAUCACCCCGGACGAGCUCCGGUCGGCGCUGGCGGCACACCACCCGGAGAGCCAGGGCCCGGAUAUCGGGGUAGGGCCUGGGGUGUGCGUGUCACGGUCUUCAGGGUUUUAG